ACUGUUUCGAGAUCAGUUGCAGGUCGAUCGCUAGACGCGGAGCACGCUCGAUGUACGUCCGGAUUUGUUUGCUGGCCGCUUUGGCGGCCAUCGCCGCCAGCCAGGAUGCUAGCAGGAAGUUCCCCAAGGAGGUGGUGCGGAUUUCCAGUCUGGAGGACUACUGUCGGACCGAGGGCGAGGUAGUCCGCUGCAGUGGCUUCAACUUCGACAAGGAGGAGCAGAAGGCGACCUUCGACCUGCAAACCGAGGUGAGGAUUGCCGCCGACGGCAACACCUACGAAGUUGGCGAGGAGCAGUCCGCCCGGACAAUCGUCUUCGAGAACUGCACCUUCGUUAACUUCCCGCUGAGGCUGUUCUACACCCUGGAAGUCAGCGAGCUGGACAUACGUGGCUGCGGCAUACGCCACGUGUACUGGGAGAACUUCUCCAAUGGCGCCGAGAAGCUUGUGAUUCUGCUGCUCGCCGACAACGAGAUCCGCGAGCUCCCCAGCAAAACCUUCAGCGGGGCCAACAACUUGCAGUUCCUGUUCCUCAACAGGAACAAGCUCAGCACGCUCCACAUAGACACCUUCGAGGAUCUGCAUGAGCUGCAGCACCUGGACCUAUCCGAAAACGAGCUGGAGGACCUGCCCCCUGACGUCUUCUCCGAGCUGAAGAACCUGCAGCGGGUGCUCCUAGCCGACAACCUCCUGACCAUUAUAGCCGGCGACUUGUUUGCCCACAACCCGCGACUCUUCUCCGUCACCCUGCAGCGGAACCGACUGGAGGAGCUGGAGGAGUACGCCUUCCGGCCGAAGGGCGUGGGAAAGGAGAUAGCAGAGCACCAGGUGCACUCCAUAGAUCUGUCGCAUAAUCCCCAGCUGAAAGUGCUGCUGCUGAACCUGAAUGUCAGCCACCUGUACGCCAGCAACUGCUCGCUGGACCGCGUCAACCUGUACGGCUCGGUGACGAUCGUCGAUCUGAGCUUCAAUCGCAUUCGAGAGCUCUACUUCCCCGCCUCGGACAAGCUGGAGCACCUCGCACUGCGCAACAACUCCCUGGAGCAGCUGGCCUCCCUCAGCCGACUGCCGAGGCUUCGCCACCUGGACGUGGCCGAUAACCCGGAGCUGGGGCGCCUUCCCGAGGACUGGCAGACGCCCCAAAUGGAGAUGCUGGUGCUGCGCAACACGGGACAGGAGGAGCUGCCCCUCAAGGCCAUUGAGGGAAUGCCCAACCUGAAAAAGCUGGACGUGUCCGGAAACAAAAUCACAGACCUAGAUCCCUCGUCCUUUCCACUCCUCUCGCAGCUGACCCACUUCUACAUUCAGAAGAACAACUGGAACUGCUUUAGCCUGAGAAUGGUCUUGGACGUACUCAUUCGGCCCAACGGAAUCACCUACUCCGUCGACAUUCACGACCCCGAUUUUCCAGGGGAGUACUUCCACGGCAUCGCCUGCAUGUACCGCUUGGCGCAGAAGGAGUCUUUAGAGUCGAGUUCCGGGGAGAGAUCACCGGAAACCUUUGAGUUCUGGGAGAAACAGAAUAGUUACCAAGGCCCUUCGAGCGAAGUGGAGGAACUCCGAAGGGAAUUCAAGGCAAUCGUGCAGCACUUUGACCAAAAAUUCGAUCACCUUUUCGGCGAGCUAAGCCGCCUGAACGAGCAGAUGGAGUCCAUCGAGAGGCUGAACCGAACUGUCUGGGGUCAAGUCACCUUGUCGGUCUAGUCACUGGACUAGACAACCAUUUAAUGUUUAAUUGUUGUUGAUUUGAACUGGUAUGGAGUUUACUUUUCAAUUAAAAGUUUUCCGAGUUUCAAAUGAAA